AUGUUUGCUGAAUUAUUCUGGGUUACCAGAAAAAAUUUACGGACAACACUUGAGAAGAAUUCUUAUUUAUUUAAUGGGUUUGAGUAUCAAAUUCUAAAACUAAGUGGGUUGUUGUCAAAAUUACUAAAACUCAAGGGGUAUGUCGCUCCAAUUUUCCUUUCUAUAAUGCAAACCAAGACUAUGAAGUUCUUAGGUUUUUUGUUGCUGGUAUUCGUCAUCCUCACCACUAUUCUUGUUCAGUUCAAGACAAAAGUUGAGAGCAUUACAGUUCUAUGGCAUGAAGUGCCUACACAAAUGCUUAAAAGGAAGAAAUAUGCAAGGAACAGUAGGAUUUAUAAUAAAGCAUUUCAAAUUUGCCUACGAAAUAGGAUGAUGUGUACUAACAAUACUAUUCCUGUAAGACGAAGCACAAUUGCUGAUGUUAUGAGGCUCAAUUCUACGUCUGAAUUCAAAAAGAAACAAAAAUCUUUUCGACAUCAGCUUCCGAUUUUUACUGAAAACCAUGAGUAUGCAAGUGUCGUUUAUGACGCAGUACAAGAGUUAUAUGGGGUGGCAGGAGCAAUAAAAAUGGCUACGCCAUUGGUUUCUGGUGAGAAUGGGUGCAGCCAAGCUCAUGUUCAAAUCAAAACAGGAUCAGGACAAGAUUUUGAAAGCAUUACAGUUGGAUGGCAUAGGGACGGGUAUCAGACGACAAAAUGUUACAAUUAUGAGUGUAAUGGAUUCGUUGCGGAAAACGACGAGGACAACGAGGACAAUGUCGUGCUAGGAGAUGAACUUGAGCCAUCACCUGCCCAUCCCGACAUUUAUGUCAAAAUUUGGAAGGAUCCAGUGCGACAAAUUUGGUCGUUGAUGAUUGAUGAUGAAGUGACGGGCGAAUGGAGAAGGGAUAUAUUUCCUCGGUUGGGAGGUAUAUAUACGAGUGUAGAGUGGGGUGGUGAGGUAUCCAACAACAGGACACAAAUGGGGUCUGGUCGUUUUGAAAACGAGGAAGGCGCAUGUUAUAUUCGUAACUUAGAGAUCAUGACUUCGGAUAACCCCCACCAUCCCAUUCAAGUUCCAUUUGAAGAGCUUACGGAAAGGGAGACAAAUCCAGAAUUGUACAACGUCUCCAUUAAGCACAAUCGGCGUUACAUAUACUUUGGUGGCCCAGGCUUAACCGCAUGA